AUGCAGGAUUAUUGCAAGCAUCAUCACAUUUUCCAUCACCAAGCAUUUCUUCAAAGCAAUCUUUUGCACAGCUCCCACAUGCUCCUAAAUCAUAGCCACAUUUUUGAAUGUUACAUUCUGAUUGAAUAUUACCUUCAUCACACUGAUUAUUCUUUAGCAACUCUAAGGAGCAGCUGCUCUGUAAAACACAGUCGUAAAGGCAAUCACUUGAUUUCAUCAUUUCAGUUUUACUUGCAUACAUACUUUCGUAUGAGUCGUAAUUGCAAGCUUCAAUCAUGCAUGAAGGAUUGCAAGCUCCAUCUCCAAUCUGAAUUAUUCUUACAUAUAAAGGAUCACAGAGGUUAG